AAGGAGGAGAUUCGGAGAGUUACCACAGCAAGAGCAAGGCCAAGCGGGUGCGGACGACGUUCACCGAGGAACAGCUGCAAGUUCUCCAGGCCAACUUCCAGCUGGACUCCAACCCGGACGGACAGGACCUGGAGCGAAUAGCGCAGAUCACGGGGCUCAGCAAGCGAGUGACCCAGGUGUGGUUCCAGAACUCCAGAGCGAGGCAGAAAAAACAUCUGAACACCGGCAAAAUGAAGUCUUCCCCACUGUGA